CUCACAAAGAAAAUACAACCACAACUUCCGGGCAGGAGUUUUCAAAUAAGACUAGCUAGCAGGUACACAUUUUUGCUCAGGGAAACUACGGCAAACUUUGCUAGAUAUCAGCUAGCGGGCUAGCUUGUUGUCAAACCGGCCAGCUAUGUCAAUGAGCUCCAAGAGGAGAAGAGCCACUUCCCCCUCCAGUAGUGUGAGUGGUGGGGGAGACUUUGAUGAUGCGGCCUCCUCUACUCCUGGAAGCGGCAGGAAAAGAAGAAGAACCACCAAUGUCCCCGCGGUAGACCCGAUUGCUGUAUGCCACGAGCUGUAUAACACUGUCAGGGACCACAAGGAUGAUCAAGGGAGGUCACUUUGUGAAUUUUUCCUAAGGGUACCAAAGAGAAGGAAUCAGCCUGAUUAUUAUGAUGUGGUGUCCCAGCCUAUUGAUAUGACAAAGAUUCAACAGAAGCUCAAGUCAGAGGAUUACCAUGAUGUGGAGCAGCUUACUGCAGAUUUUCAGCUCAUGUUCAAUAAUGCCAAAUUAUACUACAAGAGUGAAAGUGAGGAGUAUCAAGCUGCAUGCAAGUUGUGGGACAUAUAUUUGCAAACAAGGAAUGAGUUUGUGCAACCUGGAGAUGGAGAAGAGGAUGAUGAAGAUGGCGAUGAUACACUAGAUAAUACAGGAAUGUCUACCGAAGAGGAAACACCAACUGGUUGUUUGAAAGAGGUUUUGGAGCAGCUCUUGGAAGCUGUAGUGUCUCACACUGACCAAUCCGGACGUCUGGUCAGUGAACUCUUCCAGAAACUUCCCUCCAAAGUGCAUUACCCAGACUACUAUGCCAUUAUAAAGGAGCCGAUUGAUCUGAGAGCUAUCGCUCAAAGAAUACAGAUUGGAUACUACAAAAGUGUCAAUGCUAUGGCCAAGGAUAUUGACUUGUUGGCCAAAAAUGCCAAAACUUACAAUGAACCCGGAUCUCAGGUUUUUAAGGAUGCUAAUACCAUCAAGAAAGUCUUCAUUCAGCGGAAGACUGAACUAGAACAUUCUGAGCCCACUAAAUCUAGUCUUCGCAUCAGAAAUCGCAGGUCUGUCCAGGGGGACCGACUGUCAGCCAUCACUCUGUCACUUCAGUAUGGCUCCGAGAGUGAAGAUGACCCUGUGCUCUCUGGCUCAGUGCGCUAUGAUGAAGGAGAGUCAGAGGCGGAGUGCCUGAGCUCAAGCAUGGACAUGAGCAGCCCCAUCUUCCAGCUGUAUGAAGCUGUGAGGGGCUGCAGGAACAACCAGGGCCAGCUUCUGUCUGAACCUUUCCUGCAGCUGCCCUCUCGUAGGGAAUAUCCUGACUACUACCAGCAGAUCAAACAGCCCAUUGCUCUGCAACAGAUCAGGGAGAAGAUGAAGAACGGCGAGUAUGAGAGUGUGGAACAGAUGGAUGCUGAUCUCACUCUAAUGUUUGAGAAUGCAAAGCGCUACAACAUGCCCAACUCGGGUAUUUAUAAACGGGCCAUCAGGCUUCAGCAGAUUCUGCAGCUGAAAAAGAGAGAAAUUCUGAGGAGAGAUGAUGAGGACGGUGACAGCAUUCUGUCAUCUGAUGCUGGAAGCACCAAAAGGAAAAGCCACAAGAAGAACGUAAAAAAGAACCGGAUGAAGUCUCUGUACGCUGCAGUGACAGAGGCCAGGGAGGCAGGCACCAACCGGCGGCUUUGCGACCUGUUCAUGGUCAAACCCUCCAAGAAGGACUAUCCUGACUACUAUAACAUCAUUCUCGAACCGAUGGACCUAAAGACCAUUGAGCACAACAUCCGCUCUGAGCGCUACACCACAGAGGAGGCUCUGAUGGACGACAUGAAGCUGAUGUUCCGAAAUGCCCGGCAUUAUAAUGAGGAGGGAUCUCAGGUGUAUAAUGAUGCUGACAUUCUGGAGAAGAUCUUGAAAGACAAGCGCAAGGAGUUAGGACCUGCUCCAGAAGAGGAGGAUGUGGGAUCUCCUAAAUUGAAACUAAGAAAGAGUGGUGUCUCUCCAAAGAAGUCCAAAUACCUCACUCCCCUCCAGCAGCGUUUAAAUGAGCUCUAUGAUGCUGUGAGGAACUUCACUGACCGUCGAGGUCGCCGUCUCAGCACAAUCUUCCUCCGUCUGCCAUCUCGAGCCGAGUUGCCUGACUACUAUGCCACCAUCAAGCGGCCCGUUGACAUGGAGCGCCUGCGAAGCCACAUGGCAGCUGGCCGUUACCAGGACGUGGAAGCUCUGGUAGAGGACUUUGCCCUCAUGUUCAACAAUGCUUGCACCUACAACGAGCCAGAGUCUCUGAUCUACCGGGACGCUCUGGUGUUGCACCGGGUGCUCCUGGACACACGCAAGCAACAAGAGGGAGGUGAGGACUCCGGGCCUCCUGCUGUAGGACCUCUGGUCCGAGAGCUGAUCAGGAACCUGUUCGUGUCCGUGCUGGGCCACCAGGAUGAAGAGGGGCGUUGUUACAGCGACUCGCUGGCUGAGAUUCCUGCGGUGGACCCAGCAUGCCCUGAGAAGCCACCGCUCAACUUUGAUGUCAUCAGGGUAAACAUAGACCGUGGCCGCUACAGGAGACUGGACGUCUUCCAGGAGCACAUGUUUGAAGUGCUGGAGAAGGCAAGGCGUCUGCACAGGACUGACUCAGAGAUCUUUGAGGAUGCAGUGGAACUACAGCAAUUUUUCAUUAAGAUCAGGGAUGAGCUAUGCAAGAAUGGAGAAAUCCUACUGUCUUCUGCACUCAACUACACUGCAAAACACCUCCACAGCGAUGUGGAGCAGGAAAAGAGGGAAAAACUUCCCAAGGAGAUUGAGGAAGACAAGCAAAAGAGGGAAGAGGAGAAUAAAGAGGGAGAGAAAGCGGAGGACCUGCCUGGAGAGGCUUGGCAGUCAGGGCCAGAGCGCACGUACAGUCAGGACUGUAGCUUUGAAAACAGCACGUACCAUGUGGGCGACUGUGUCUACGUGCAGCCGGCAGAGCCAAACCUGAAACCACACAUCGUCUGCAUUGAACGACUGUGGGAGGAUGAAGCAGGUGAGAAGUGGCUGUAUGGCUGCUGGUUCUACAGGCCCAGUGAAACCUUCCACUUGGCUACACGCAAGUUCCUGGAAAAGGAGGUCUUCAAAAGUGACUACUACAACAAAGUGCCCAUCAGUAAAGUCAUGGGCAAAUGCGUGGUCAUGUUUGUGAAGGAUUAUUUCAAGCUUCAGCCUGAGGGGUACAGAGCAGAGGAUGUGUAUGUCUGUGAAUCUCGCUAUGCUGCCAGGAACAAGGCCUUCAAGAAGAUCAAGAUAUGGGCCAUGCCUGUGAGCUCUGUGAGAUUGGUCUCUCGAGAGGUGCCACUGCCUGUUGUCCGUGUUGCUUCCAUGUUUGCGAAGCCUGACCAGGAGAAACAAGUGACAAUGUCAGACACAGACAGCAACAGUUUUAUGGACAAGGAGAGGGAGGAUGUCCCUGUGGAGAUGAGUGGAGCUGAGCCCGGCUGUCAGUACUAUGACCAGUUACGCUACAACAACAUGUGGCUGAAGGUGGGAGACUGUGUUUACAUCCAGUCACACGGUCUGUCAAAACCUCGAGUUGCCAGGAUAGAGAAGCUGUGGGUACAGAAUAGAGCAACGUUCUUCUUUGGACCCAUCUUCAUCCACCCUGAGGAAACAGAACAUGAGCCCACAAAAAUGUUCUACAAACGAGAAGUGUUCUUGAGCAAUCUGGAGGAGACUUUGCCGAUGACCUGCGUCAUAGGCAAAUGUAUGGUGUCCCCCUUUAAGGACUACCUGUCCUGCAGACCUACUGAGGUCCCAGAGGAAGAUAUCCUGUUGUGUGAGAGCCGCUACAUUGAGAGUGAGAAACAGAUUAAGAAGUUCAAGGGCCUGAAACGCUUCUCCCUUUCCUCCAAGGUGGUGGAGGAUGAGAUCUACUAUUUCAGGAAAUUGAUAGUGCCGCAGAAGGAAGCAUCCCCCUUGCUCGAUAAGAAGAUAGAGGAGCUGGAGGUCAAAUUGGCAGAUAUGGAGGAUGCAGAUGAGGAUCUGGAAGACUUGGAGGAGGAGGAGGAAGCUCCAGAGACCCCUUCUAUGCCACAAAUGCAAACCCCUAUGGCAAGCGAUUUGGACAUCAUGCCAUACACCCCUUCCCAGUCCACUCCUAAGAUGAAGGGUUUGUCCAAGAAGGAAGGGGCCAAGAGGAAGAUCAACAUGAGCGGCUACAUCCUGUUCAGCAGUGAAAUGCGAGCGGUCAUCAAGGCUCGACACCCAGACUACUCCUUUGGGGAGCUGAGCCGACUGGUGGGCACCGAGUGGAGGAACCUAGAAGCCCCCAGGAAAGCGGAGUAUGAAGAACGAGCGGCCAAAAUAGUGGAGCAACAGGAGCGUGAGAGGGCAGUCCAGCAACAGGCUUCCCCUAGAGCAGGUACCCCAGCAGGGGCACUGAUGGGGGUGGUGCCCUCGCCUAGCACUAUGGGAAUGAUAAACCAGAACAUGCCGCCUGUGUCAGGCAUGAUGGGAGCUUAUGGCCCACCUUACAUGCCCAUGCAGGGCCCCCAUGAUGGCUUGUUGAGUGUGGCCCCAAUGCCACCUCAUCCUAUGGGGGGGGCACAGCUGCCUCCUCACCAUCUUCAGCAAGGUUUGCCUGGAUACCCUGGCAUGCCUCAUCAGGGUAUGAUGACCUCUGGUAUGAAUGGCAUGGCAGGAAGUCCUACACCUGCAAACCACUACAUGCAACAGCCCGGAAUGUUCAGUCCAGGACAGCAUGCCCCGCCUCCGUACCCAGGACAGGGCCAGUUAGGCCAGCCCUCACACCUUCAGCCCACCACUCCCAUGUUCGUGGCUCCACCACCCAAGACCCAGAGGGUGCUCCACUCAGAAGCCUACCUGAAGUAUAUUGAGGGCUUGAAUUCAGAGUCAACCACUGUCAGCAAGUGGGACCAAACACUCAAAGCUCAAAGGCGAGAUGCCCACCUGACCAAAGAGCAGGAGAGCCGGCUGCCCUCCCAUUGGCUGCAGAGCAAAGGAGCGCACACGACCAUGGCGGACGCUCUGUGGCGCCUGCGGGACCUGAUGCUGCGGGACUCCCUCAACAUCCGGCAGGCGUAUAACCUGUAGAUCACUCCGCCGCGUGUAACUCACCAGCUCACUCACUGUUCUUAAUCAUGAAAUGGACUUUAGGAAGGAUUAUAGGCCAUAGAAGCAAUAUUUUAUAAUGACUCAAUGAUCGAUUUUUAUAUUUAUUAGCAUUAUAAGCUUGAUCUAGUUUUUGUGUGUGCUUUUUCAUUUUUUUUAAAGAACCACAAGAACUCGUUUCGGUACAAAAAAAAAAUAAUAAUUGUUUGGAGUCUGUGGAUACUGCCAAAAUAAAUUUUCAGAAUACA